CCCAACCGCAUCUCUUUCAAAUUCAAAAUUUCUUCACUUUUUUUGUUUUUCCUGAGUCUUUAAUCUUUCUCUCACUUUCUCACGCUUCCUCUUCACACAAACACUAGGGAUAAUUACGCCGACUCGCCAAUUCGCCAGCCAUGUUUCGUCUGAGCAACAAUUUGAUUGGAAUCCUCAACUUCCUCACUUUUCUUCUGUCCAUCCCGAUCCUCGUAGCAGGGAUCUGGCUCCGAAACCAUGGUACCUCUGAAUGCGAGAAGUUCUUUGACACGCCUGUGAUUAUAAUCGGCGUGUUCCUCAUGGUGGUUUCUCUGGCUGGUCUCAUCGGCGCGUGCUGUCGCGUGUCGUGGCUACUCUGGUUGUACCUCUUUGUCAUGUUCCUUCUGAUUGUGUUGCUCUUCUGCUUCACAAUAUUUGCUUUUGUAGUUACCAACAAAGGGGCCGGAAAGGUGGUGUCUGAAAGGGGAUACAAGGAGUACAGAUUGGGUGAUUACUCAAACUGGCUGCAGAAGAGGGUGAAUAAUACUAAGAAUUGGAACAAAAUUAAGAGUUGUUUGAUUGAUGGGAAAGUUUGCUCUGAUUUUAACGAGAAAUAUCUGAAUGAUUCUGUGACGAAGUUGUAUACCGAGCACUUAUCUGCUGUUCAGUCUGGAUGCUGUAAGCCAGCCGAUGAAUGUGGUUUUGAGUAUGUAAGCCCAACCAAUUGGACAAAAAUUACCCCAAGUUCCACAAAUCCUGACUGUAGUGCGUGGGACAAUGAUCCUAAUACUCUCUGCUUUAACUGCAAUUCAUGCAAGGCUGGACUGCUAGAUAACAUCAAGAGUGAUUGGAAGAAGGUAGCUGUUGUGAACAUAGUAAUCCUUGUGUUCCUUAUCAUUGUGUACUCUGUUGGAUGCUGCGCUUUCAGGAACAACAGAAGCGACAAUGCUUAUUUUUCUGGAUGGAAGCAGCAACCUUGAGAGAUUAUAACUAGCAUUAAUGUAGACAUCUAUGUAGGAUUUUAUUACUACUAGUUUUAGGCAGCCUUCUGUUCAUUUGCUGCUUAUCCUGCUGUUAAUAUGUAUUUGCUGUUAACACAUAUUUGCUGUUUCUUAUGGCUGUUCCUCGUAUGGCGUUUUAUGUGCUUUA